AUGGACCGCAUGUUUACUAAGACCCCCAGCGUCUUCUAUGCUGCAGUGGUUACGUCAGCAAAGAACAUAAUAGACGAGUACAACAGAGGAUACUUUAGCAGGUCCAGCUUACUAGGUAUCUAUGACGUGGCCUUGCAAUAUCACAAUGCAUAUUCUUCAAACGACCCCGAGACUACCCAGCUCAGCAUAUUGCUCCCGCUAUCACACCUUCCAGAAGACACUCGCAGAAAUUUUAGCAAGGAUUGGACCAGCGUUCGGCUCUUUAGCGUAAGUGUUCAAACGGAUAUGCUGCAACUCGUGAGUGAGGGAAGUCAUCUCGGUCUCGUGAUGGUUCGGUUUGAAGGGUUUGCAGUACUGGUCUUUUGCUCUCCAUUUUCGAAGAUAACGGCAGCAGAAGUCAGGGGGAUGGUGAAGGAUGCUUACUCGAAAUGA